ACUCAUUUCUUCCUUUGAAUUCCUCGAUUUUCCAGUGAAAUACCUCACCCACUUCGAUCCCCCAUAAAGUGAGCAACCCCCUUCUUUCAACAGUUUUAUCUCUUCCAUUCCCUUUUUCAUAUUCAUCUUCACCAUUUCUUCAUCAUACCCUAUUUGAUAUUUUAUUAUCUGAUCCCCCAUCCCCCAGCAGCCCACUUUUUCUACCCCCUGUCCCACAUCAUUAGUAACCUAGUUUUUCAUUUAUUCAUUUAUUUUUAUUUUCAAUUUCUCUAACUCAUGAAUUGUCGAUGUAAAGAUUCAUUGCGUAAAACUUGCCAUUUUUUGAGUUUUUAAAAUUGAUUUUUGCUGUUUUAUUUCAGCCAAAUUUCAGCUUUGUUUUAGUUUUUGUUCAAUUUUUAAAGGUGGUCUAGUCGAAUAUUUUUUAUUGCUUUAUUAAACUCAAAAUUGUCUGCAAACACCGAAUUUCAUAAUGAAACUUCUUGAAAACUUCUCAAAAAAAAGUUAUGACGGCUCAAAAAAUGUCCUAAAAUAAAUUAAAAUUUGAAAUUUGAGCGACUUGUCAAGCUGCUGGAAACUAAUAUUUUUGAAAUCACCGUCAAAUUUUGAGUGUACCCGUCACUUACCUUGCGUUUUCAACUUGAUUUAGGUAUUUUAAAGUUGAUGAACAAAGUUGAGUUUUUUAAAUUUUUUAAACCAAAUACCUUUGUUCAUUGAAAAUACCUACAUCAAGUUGAAAACGCAAAAUGAUUGAACUAUAUUAAAAAAUGAAAUUCGCGAUUUCAAGCUCAAAUAUAAAAUCAGGGGAUUUUUUUUUGAAUUUUUUCACUUAGAUAUUCGGAAUGAGGGGCAAAUUUGGAGUUAUUUAAAAAUACUUGCCAGAAUUCGGUACCCCACCUUUAAUGACACCAGUGAGUUUAUUGUUAAUACUCCCACAUCAGCUAACCCAUUGAAACCAUUGAACAGUAGAGCGCUCUCUCAUGAACAUAGAUUUUGCCGUUCCUUCAAUCUUUUCUCUCUUUUUUGUUGUUGUUUGAAAUAGAUAGUUUCAAUGUACUUGCAAUAUUCUGUUUCAUAUUUCCACUUUUCUGUAAGAAAGCCAAAGAAAACAACAAAACAUCCUACCCUACUAUUAUAGUCCAAUUUCUAAAAACCUCAACCGCUAAACGAUCAAAUGACCAUCUGUGACGACGAUAAUCUAUUUUUUCUAGACGCUAAUAAUCGAAUUUGUAGUGAGAGAAAAAAAAUAAAAAAAUAACCACUGAUCAUGUAUAAAUUAUAUACUUGCCUCCAAUUAAGCUUGCCGCCCAAAAAAUAUAUAUCAAUCACAUUUCUCCAGAAACGUAUUUCUACUAUGAACUUUUCCUACUUUGACACUCCAAAGUUUCUAUCCACAAGUUUGCAUUUCAUUACCUGCAUAGAAAUACCUGUUCACGUUUUUGGUGUCUACAUGAUACUGUGUAAUACUCCGGACUCCAUGAAAUCCGUGAAAUGGAGCAUGUUCAACUUACACGUUUGGAGUGUUUUCCUCGACUUGAGCAUUAGCCUAAUGACGUCACCAUUCGCAUUGUUUCCAGUGCUCGCUGGAUUUCCGUGUGGAGUUUUGAAAGAAUUCGGGAUUCCUACGCCAGCACAAAUUUUCAUAGUUGUGGUGCUAUUUGCGUUCGUCGGAGUCGCCAUACUCGGCAUUUUCGAAAACCGGUUCUACAUCAUGUUUGCUGAAAAUACUUUCUGGAAAUUUGUAAGAGUUUCCUAUUUCGCUUUCAACUACAUUCUGGCAUUAUUAUUUUUUAUUCCUCCAUAUCUGCGUAUACCGGAUCAAGACCUGGCGUUACAGCAAAUUUACAAGGAGCUCCCAUCAAAUCUCCCAAAUUGGAUUACAAAAGCAGACGUAUUUGUUCUAGCAACCGACAUAACCUAUUCAUUAUUAUCAGUGUUCCUCGUUGUGAUAUUCAUUAUAUCAGAGAUCUUGUUCUUCAUAUUCUACGUCAAAAUUCAAAUGAAAUGCUUGGCUAGAACGUUGAAACUGUCCAAGACCACUUUGAAGAUGCAACAGAAGUUUCUGGAUGCCAUUCAUUUUCAGAUGUACACCCCAUUGAUAAUUCUGGUAAUCCCAUUAGCAUACAUCGGAUACGCUAUAUAUUUUGAUUUCUACAACCAAGCUGCAAACAACAUUUCUUUCAUAAUUAUCACUUUUCAUGGGCUUGCCUCGACUAUUAUUAUGCUACUGAUACACAAACCGUAUCGGGAAGUUUGUGUGAACAUGUUCUGCUUCAAAAUUCUGAACAAAACUACUCCAGCCGGACAUACGAGGCUCAAUAGUCUUGUGACAAUUUUGCCGGUGCGAUCAAGAAUUUAAAUGUUUAUUUGGAUUAUAAUUUUUACGAAAUAAAGGUUUGCCCAAUAUG